AUGCGUCACUCCAGCCCAACCCGUCUCAGCUCCCUUGGCGAAAUUGAACCAGCGGAACCACAGAGAAAAAGUGGUGAGAACGGCCAUGAAGGGGACUCUUCCAAGUCUCCUGAGACGCCGACAAUCGUCCUGGUGAACUCUCCAAGCGGGAGACCAGAGUCAAAUACGCUCAAAACUACUACGUCGGCUCCAGCUCCAGUGCAAGGGCACGCGCGUUUUCCUUCUCGCCACGACGCCGACAAAAUUCAGGGUGUCAGCAUCAAGGACACGUUUAAACGGCGCCGCUGCGGCGUUUUUGCGAAUAGGUACUUUGAAAAGGGUGAAAAUAUCAUCGUUGAGCGUCCCGUAUUCUCGUGCAGCCGUCAGCUUACGGCAAAAGGGGGGGACAAAUGGCCAAUUGCAGAAGAAUGGUGCAAGCAGCCAGAGGCGAUCCAACUGAAACUUCAGAAACGUUUUCGCAAGCUGCGGUCGGUACCAAUAGGCAAGAAGAAGCUCGGGUGGUAUUGGAGAGAGAAGAUCAAGAGAUUCUUUUUGGAAUACGCAUUCGUGAAUCCCCAGAAGACAGAAGCGCACAUCUAUCCCGUGGGAUCCCACAUGAACCACGCAUGCACAUCCUGCGCCAACGCCGAGCAAUGGACGGAAUCUGGACCCCCGGACCGCAUUCUUGUCAGGCUUGUCAAGCCCGUGCGAGCAAACGAGGAAGUCCUCAUAAACUACAAUAACCAGGUAGGAGCUUCGUUGGGUUGCGCCAAAUGCGGUCCGCAUGGCCUGAGGGGCCGGCUCGGAGAUAUUCGUAGAAGCAUUUCUCGGCUGAUUUCUCGACCUGUCUAA